AUGUGGGGAUUUGACCCCAGGUGGGGGCAGUCUCGGCUCAAGACCGCCAACAAGCUCCCCAGACUUUCAGAGAGCGAGCAGAGGACCCUCGACGCUCUUUACGGCCUCGAGGAGGAUAUUCUUCUGAAUGACCUCGUGAGCGAGGUGGCUUUGGUGAAUGUCGGCUUGAGCUCGGCGCCCCCCCAAGAUAUUCUGAAGAUGGUGAUCAGUAGCGCAGCUCUUUACGCCCGGUUUAGGAAAAGGGCGGCCGAUGCCGGUGGGCAUCUUCACGAGGUCGAUAUGUUGAUCUCUGUGGCGGCCGACUAUCGAGACAAGGCUCGAAGGUACCUGAGGGCGCAGGAGGAGGCCGAGAAGAGGCUUGGCGAAGCCGAGGCCUCGCAGAGGGAGGCCCUUACAAGGGUGGAAGCCGCUGAGGUCGAGCUACGGUCGGCAGUUGCGGAGCUGGAGGAGGAGAGUGCCGCGCAUGCUUUGGCCAAGUCGGAGGUGCGCGCCUCCGAGGCGCGUCUAGCCGAAGCUCGCUCCACGAUCGCCGGCCAUGAACACGAGGCAAGGGUCGCCCAGCUGAAGACCGAGCAGCUCGAGGCUCGAGAAAAGAGGGCUUUGGAGCAAGCCCAAAAUGCGGUGCAACUCUUCCGAGAGUCGGAAGAGUUCCGUGAGUUGAUGGAGGAAGAAGCCGUGGAUGGACUUAUCCGCAGUUUCGAGGACUUCCGGAGAUAA